AUGGGAAGAGAACUCCAGAGGACAGGGGAAGAGAGCUCCAGAGGACAGGGGAAGAGAGCUCCAGAGGACAGGGGAAGAGAGCUCCAGAGGACAGGGGAAGAGAGCUCCAGAGAACAGGGGAAGAGAGCUCAGAGGACAGGUGAAGAGAGCUCAGAGGACAGGGGAAGAGAGCUCAGAGGACAGGGGAAGAGAGCUCCAGAGGACAUGGGAAGAGAACUCCAGAGGACAGGGGAAGAGAGCUCCAGAGGACAGGGGAAGAGAGCUCCAGAGGACAGGGGAAGAGAGCUCCAGAGGACAGGGGAAGAGAGCUCCAGAAGACAGGGGAAGAGAGCUCAGAGGACAGGGGAAGACAGCUCCAGAGAACAGGGGAAGAGAGCUCCAGAGGACAGGGGAAGAGAGCUCCAGAGGACAGGGGAAGAGAGCUCAGAGGACAGGGGAAGGGAACUCAGAGGACAGGGGAAGAGAACUCCAGAGGACAGGGGAAGAGAGCUCCAGAGGACAGGGGAAGAGAGCUCCAGAGGACAGGGGAAGAGAGCUCCAGAGGACAGGGGAAGAGAGCUCCAGAAGACAGGGGAAGAGAGCUCAGAGGACAGGGGAAGACAGCUCCAGAGAACAGGGGAAGAGAGCUCCAAUAAGAACAUGAAACUGCAUUUGGAAAGCCUUGCCACUACCAAGGAGAUGUAG